AUGAUUACAAUUAUAUUAUUUAUAUUACUUGUUAAUGCAACAGAGAGUAUUAUCAAUAAAGAAGAAAGAAAUACCGAAGUAAUACACACACAAAUAGAAACAAAAGAAUCCCAAAGAAUGUAUAAUGGAAAUAAUAUACAAUUUAAAAGUGAAGUUGUAAACCCAGUAACAUCAACAACUGUAUCACCAAAACAAGAAAAACCGGCAGUAGUACAACAAACACAAAAUGGAGAUGCUCAACCAGCACAUGAUGGAACUGCUCAAAAUGCAAAAGAAACAACAGUAGUACAACCAACACAAAAUGGAGCUGCUCAAUCAACAAAAGAUGGAGAUGCUCAACAAACACAUGAUCAUCAAGGAGAACAACACAAUGAACAUCAACCAAUCCCAGAAAGACAACCACAUCCUUACAAUGAACAUCAACCAAUCCCAGAACAAAAUCAACAUCCAUUUAAUGAACAUCAACUACCUUCGGAUCAGACACCAGAAAAACAAUACCACAAUGAACAUCAACCAUUACCAGACAAACAAGAACCAUCUGCACCACAAGAUGGAAAGGAUAAUCAACAACCAAACAAAAAACCAGAAGAUGGAAAUGAUAAUCAACAAAAAGAUGGAAAUAAAGAAAUAGAUAAUAAAACAACAAGUAGUUCAGAUAGUUCAGACAAUAAACAAGAUGAUGAUAGAAAUAAUUAUAACAAUGAUGAUGGUACAACAAGUAUGUUUAUUAUUCUUUGUGCUACAAUCAUUCUUUUAUUCUUCUAA